AUGGGGCGCGUCCUCGGGGGCCUGCGCUGCAUCAAAUACAUGCUGCUCGCCUUCAACCUGCUUUUCUGGUUGGCGGGAUCUGCUGUCAUUGCUUUUGGCCUGUGGCUUCGGUUUGGAGGCAUCAUAAAGGAUUUAUCUUCUGAGGGUAAAACCCCUGAGUAUUUCUACAUGGGACUGUAUGUGCUUGUUGGAGCAGGUGCCCUGAUGAUGACCGUGGGAUUCUUCGGGUGCUGUGGAGCUGUAAGAGAAUCUCAGUGUCUGCUCGGAUCAUUUUUCACCUGCCUGUUGGUGAUCUUUGCUGCAGAGGUAACCACUGGAGUAUUUGCAUUUAUAGGCAAAGGAAUGGCUAUACGAGAAGUUCAGACCAUGUAUGAAGAAGCGUAUAAUGGUUACCUUAAAGAGAAAAUGAAUAGAACCCUCAUUACCUUCCAUUCUUCAUUUCUAUGCUGUGGAAAAGAAAGCCCUGAUCCAGUCCAAUCUACAUGCCCAAAGGAGCUCCUAGGACACAAAAAUUGUAUAGACGAGAUUGAGAACGUCAUCAGUGAGAAACUCCAACUCGUUGGGAUUGUCGGGAUUGGAAUAGCUGGUGUCACGAUCUUUGGCAUGAUAUUCAGCAUGGUCCUCUGCUGUGUGAUCCGUAAUUCAAGAGAUGUAAUCUAAAACUCCACCUGCAUGAUAGCGAAAAUCGGGGACUUUCUUCCUAAAUGUCACAAGAGACAUCGUCUUACUCAGCUGUUCAAGUGGAAAGGCAUUAAGGUCUAAAAUGAUUUGGUUUCCAGUGUACAUUUGCACAUGUAUGUGAGUGUGGUGCAUAACCUUCCUGCCGUGUGGGCGAGUGAUUGUGUCCGGCUGCUGCCGGAGCCAUGUGCAGCUGCAGGACAUCUGGUAUGUGUGGGGGAUGCUCUAAGCCCUUUGUUGUGAAUUCCUGUUUCUCUCUGUGGUCACACGGGCGGGGUGGGGGACUGAUAAAUGACCAGUGUAAAAAAAAAAAAAAAAAAGCUUCGAUUCACUUCUGGAAGGUAACAUUCAGGAUGGGGAGAGCCAAUGAGCUUCUAAAAAUCAAACGCCAGCCGGAAGGGUCCAGGGAUUCCUGGUGAGAGGAUUCAGCCACCUGGUGACGAGGGGUUCGUUCCUCUGGAGUUUGGGGGGAUUCCUGGCACCGGGGACUUGUAACCUCACGCACGGUCCCAGGAGGGACCAGACCGGAAUCCUGGAGCCCAGAGUCGUGGCGAAACUAAGAUGAACAAGGACAGCUUAAUUUGCUUGUUGUUCUUUCCUAAUGUGGAUGUGACAUGUACACACAUGCAAAUAUACAUAUGUGUAGAGAGAGACAAUGUGUACAUACGAUGUGUGUCCAGACAAUGUAUCUGUACAGUGUAGGUAUGUACACAAUGUAUAUAUGCCAUAUAUUCUAUCCUGUGUAGGUUUACACAGUGUGUAUAUGUAGCCGUGUGUGUAUAACAGAGACACGUAUAUAAUGUAUGUAUCCGAUGUAUGUAGACAUGAUGUACAUUUGUGUGUGGACAGAUGCGUGUAUGUGUGCAUGUGUGUAUAGAGUGUGUACACACACGCACACGCACACCUGACCCUCCAUGAAAAAUGCCUUGCCUCACAGACAAUCGUGUGCCCCGGGGUGCUAAAUGUUCUUAGGACGGGAAGGUUCUUCCCGAGCCGUGGAGAGGCGUCCGUGGCCCUUCGCGUCGCCCUCUUUUUCCGCCUCCUCUUUGAGCUCCUGCAGCUGCCAUGCCUUUGGACGGGCUUCUCUCCCAAACCCUCCCUUUGCUUCGGGGAUGUAAGAAGGACAGGAAGUGAAAGUCGGCCAUCUGCCCAUUGCAUGCUAUGGGUAAGAGGGAGAUUUGGUGUUUUAUCGGCACUGUACCUUUGAAAUACCUCAGGACUUGAGUUUACAUAUUUUUUCCUAAUUAUUUUUGUAUUCUUUUCUUAUUUAUUCACUUAGGAAACUCUUCUUCGUAGGUCAAGAAAUGCAAAAGAUUUGCCCCUCAUUAAAAUAAAUAAAAAUCAAAGAUUACAAACUCAGCUUCUCUCAUGAGCUUCCUUGCCCUAGAAAUGAGCACUUUUCCCUCAUGUAAGUGUUUAGAACAGGAGCCUGGAAAACAGGGAUGGAAGGCUGCCUCUCUGCGCAGCUCCCCGGGGCCAGCUUGUUCCUUGGCCUUCAAACCCGAGCUCACAAUCAAUAUUGGCUGCUUUUUUGGCCGAGUGCGUUCUCGAAACGGAAAUGGGAAGAGCCAACCAAAUUUUCAAAGCUAACAAAAAAUGGGAGGCGAAGGGACUUCAGAAAGAACUCCUCCGGCCAUAUGUGCCCUGUCCAGCUCAUCAGUCUGUGCCCAGAGAAGGCAGAGUCCCGGGAUCCUGGACAGACUUAGCUUGCUUGGGGUCCUCUAACUCCCUGUCACUGCCUAGUUGCCCUCUUCCACCCACUGUCUCCCCAUCUGCAUGUUUUUGCAAUUGACAUCAGUGGGAUCCAUUCCUAAGGUGAAGAAGGGGUGUAGGGCAGGUUGUGGCUAGGUGGCUCAGUGCAUUGAGAGCCAGGCCUAGAGAGAGGAGGUUCUGGGUUCGAAUCUGGUCUCAGGC